AUGAACAACAACAAUAGAGCGAGAUAUCCACCUCCCGGGAUCGCUCCUGGACGCGGAGGAGCGAAUCCCAACGUGAAUCUGAACCAGAACCCGAACCAGUACCCCAACCUGAACAAUCAGGUUCAGCAAAGACCGCCUUACCACCACCAUAACCAGCAGCAACACCACCAGGCGCAACAGCACCAGCCACAACACCAGCAGCAACAGUACUAUGCGCAGAGGCAAAUGGUGCAGCAACACCAGCAGCAACAUCAGCAGCAGCAACAUCAGCAACAUCAUCAGCAACAGCAACAACAGUGGCUGAGAAGGGCACAGUUGGGUGGUUCGGAAUCCAACGCUGCUGACGAGGUCGAGAAGACCGUGCAGUCUGAAGCCAUUGACUCAAGUUCUCAAGACUGGAAGGCCGGACUAAAGAUUCCACCAGCUGAUACACGCUAUAGGACAGAGGAUGUUACAGCAACUAAAGGAAAUGAAUUUGAGGAUUACUUUUUGAAACGGGAGCUGCUCAUGGGAAUAUAUGAGAAGGGUUUUGAAAGACCUUCCCCCAUCCAAGAAGAAAGCAUUCCAAUUGCUCUUACUGGCAGUGAUAUUCUUGCCAGGGCUAAGAACGGAACUGGCAAAACAGCUGCAUUUUGCAUUCCUGCAUUGGAAAAAAUUGAUCAGGAUAAUAAUGUUAUUCAAGUUGUUAUCUUGGUCCCAACACGUGAGUUGGCUUUGCAAACAUCUCAAGUGUGUAAAGAGCUUGGAAAGCAUUUGAAAAUCCAAGUUAUGGUUACAACAGGAGGUACCAGUCUAAAAGAUGACAUAAUGCGCUUAUAUCAACCAGUUCACCUGCUUGUCGGUACCCCAGGAAGGAUAUUGGAUCUUACGAAGAAGGGUGUUUGCAUUCUUAAGCAUUGCUCAAUGCUGGUUAUGGAUGAGGCUGAUAAGCUUCUCUCCCCAGAGUUCCAGCCUUCGAUUCAACAACUGAUUCAUUUUCUUCCAACAAACCGUCAAAUCCUGAUGUUUUCAGCAACCUAUCCUGUUACUGUGAAGGACUUCAAAGAUAGGUUUCUUAACAAACCAUAUGUCAUUAACCUUAUGGAUGAGCUCACUCUGAAGGGUAUUACACAAUUUUAUGCAUUUGUGGAAGAGAGACAGAAAGUCCACUGUUUAAAUACUCUCUUUUCUAAGCUACAAAUAAACCAGUCAAUUAUCUUCUGCAACUCAGUGAAUCGGGUUGAACUCCUUGCCAAGAAAAUCACUGAACUGGGGUAUUCAUGUUUCUAUAUUCAUGCAAAGAUGCUGCAAGACCAUCGUAAUAGAGUAUUUCAUGAUUUCCGUAAUGGUGCAUGCCGAAAUCUUGUCUGUACUGAUCUUUUUACUAGGGGUAUAGACAUCCAAGCCGUUAAUGUUGUUAUAAACUUUGAUUUUCCCAAGAACUCGGAAACUUAUUUGCACAGGGUUGGUCGUUCAGGGAGAUUUGGCCACCUUGGUUUAGCGGUGAACUUGAUCACUUAUGAGGACCGCUUUAAUUUAUAUAGGAUUGAACAAGAACUUGGCACUGAAAUAAAGCAAAUUCCGCCACACAUUGAUCAAGCAUUUUAUUGCCGGUGA